CUCGGUUAAAUCGACCAUCACAAUCAGAAGGUACCAUCAAAUGGUUUUUUAUCAGUUCUUCAACAAGGAAAAACUUACCUGUUCUUUUUUCUAUUCUUCCUUAGCUUUUGGUUUUCUCUCCGGUUUUCUUUUUCGCCUGGCAAGUCAUCUAUCCCUCCAAAUCUUUCGACUUUGUUUCGCGCAUCAAAUGUUGCCAAUCCGGUUUUUGUCAUCAAAAGGGCAUCGUCGGUGGUGUGACGUUCUUUUUCAUCGGCAACGCUUACGCGUCCUCCUCAGCUUGGCUUCACCUGGAUUACUUCCCGUGGUAUCGUCUUUGAUAUUUCUUCCCGACCAUUUUAUUUCGUAGUUUGUAGUUUGUAUAUUUGUAUUUUAGCUAUAGUCUUCUUGCAGUCUUUUCCUCCUUUUUUUCCCACAGGGUUUUUAGGGUGUUUUUACAGACGCCCCUAUUGUAUUUACUUUUUUUUUUAUAUUUGUAUCGUUUCUUUUUUUUUUUCGAUCGGGAAGAUCUGGAUAUCUGCUGCCUCACACAACGAAGGUAAAAUAUCUUGACGGCAUUUGAAUCAAUUAAAAACUUACUAACUCUUUUUUUUUAAAAAAUACCCAAUAACCUU